AUGCGCACGUGGACGUGGCCGCUUCUGGCGGUUCUGGCGGCGGUGGCGGCGGCCUCGGCCAUUGCCGUCCCCGUGGAGCCCGCCCCCGCCGUCGCCGACGCCGUCCAGGGCGACGCCAGUCCGCAGCCAGCCGCGGGCCAGGAGGGCCUUGCACCCACUGACGCGUCCAGCCGCGCCAAAAAGAGUCUCGACUUGGAGGUUGGCGGCUGGAAGACGCUGCAGGGAGAGGAGCAGGAGGGCGCGUCCAGCCACAUGCUGGCGCUCGGCCUCGGACACGACUUCGGCGGCCACGACAUCGGCCUCGGCGGCCACGGCGACCUCGGCGGCGACCUCGGCGGAGACCUCAGCGAGCUGAGCGGGCAUGAAGCCGAACUCGGAGGAGGCGGCGACAUCGGCGGUGACGACCACCACUGCAAGUGGGAGAAGAAGCUCGAGUGGAAGACGGAGUGGAAGCAGGAGUACAAGACCGUCAAGAAGCAGGUCCUCAAGACCAAGUGGAAGAAGAUCCAGGUGCCCGUCUGGAACGAGAUCCAGGUGCCGUCGCACAAGGAGAUCGAGGUGCCCGACUGGAAGACCGUCAAGGUGCCCGUCUGGAAGGAAGUCAAGGUGCCCGCCUGGAAGGAAAUCAAGGUCCCCGAGUACAAGAUCGUCAAGAAGCCCUACUACAAGGAGGUCAAGAUCCCCAUCACCAAGGAGAUCAAGGUGCCCGCCUGGAAGAAGAUCUUGAUCCCCGUCUGGAAGGUGACCGUGGAGAGUGGACACGACGACUGGGACGACCACCACAGCAAGAAGAAGGUGCACAAGAAGCUGACCUGGAAGACCGAGUACAAGCAGAUCUGGAAGACCGAGCACAAGACGGAGUACAUCACCAAGAAGGAGGAGCACUUCCACGAGGAGAAAAUCAUGCUCUGGAAGACCGAGAAGAAGCAGAUCUGGGUGACCAAGAAGGUCCAGGAGUUUAAGGAGGAGAAGGUCCAGAUCUGGAGGAAGGAGAAGAAGACCAUCUGGGUGACGAAGAAGGUGCAGAGCUUCAAGGACGAGUGGCAGAGCUACCAGGAGCCUGAGACCAAGGAGGAGCAGGUGCCCGAGUGGAAGUCCGUGCAGGUCCCCGUCUGGAAGAGCGUCUGCGUGCCGCAGCACCACGAGGAGCCCAAGCACGGCUGGGAGUAGCGAUGCGGCGGAUGUGGUCAUGGAGGAACAAGUUUGGGACUAGUCACAGUGGUCGGUCACAGCCACCCAGAACCCAGAUCUCACUGCCUUACUCGUCGGCCGGGCCAGCGCAUCCAGCGCACCAACCAGCCUGUCCGCGACCAACCGACUGUUUUCCUGUUUUGUUAAGUUUUACGUGUUUAAAGUUGCCUGUUUUUUUACUUUUAAUAAA